GUUUCCAGUAUGCGUAUGGGUUCUGCAAUUACAUUUACAAUACCAUAUUAGCACCGGGAAUAAAGUAAAAUAAAGAUCAUCAUGAACACCCAGGACCACGGGCACUCCAUCUUGAGUGCCGCGGUGUCGGGUGCGAGUCAAGCUUCGAUCCUGGCGCGUAUGAACGACGAGCUGAAGAAGUUGAAACAAGAGCAAGCUGGGGCGCACGAACACGAAGAUCCUGCUAUAAUUGCAGCUGGCUCAUCAACUACAUCAUCCCCCACUGCUUGUCUUCCAGCCGACGCAUCCUUUUUAUUUUCAUCGCCGUGUGCUCUUUUCCUCGGAGCCAAUAGGCGGAGCAAGCGCUCAGCGUCCCCCUCGCCUUCCCCCAAAACCCUCUUCCGGCGAACGAUUUCUACGGAAAAUGCGCGCGAGCGGCUGGGCACGGACCUCGAUGAGUUACUGGAGAGCAUUAAGGCCAAGCUAGGGGACGGCGAGGAGGUGCUAUCUGCUCCUCUGGACAAGGUUUCGGAAGGGGAUGCUGAUGAAGAACAACCUCGAAGGUUGUCCGAGCAGGAGGCAGGUCGGGGCGGGACAAGCAGUGGUGAUCUUCAUCCGCCGUUUUUUACCAUGCUCCAAACCCAAAGCCAGCCAAAGUACAACUACAUGUUCUACGGCGCAGGAGGACAAGGCUCAGCAUCCUCUCAAACGUCUCACUCAACACGAACCCAAGGGGGCGAAAAACAUUCUUUGCAUCACCAAGCUAGCCCCACGAGUCAGGCGAUCCGGGGCUACAUCGCGAACCACCAAGAGGUAUCAAGUGCAAAAGUAUCGUAUUCGUAUAAUACAAGUCUUGCAUCACAAAUUUUUUUCUGAAGGCAAAUCAGCAUUACAAAUUUUAUUUUUCAUGCUGAGUAAAUUUGUAAUGCAUUCAUACGAGUACGAUACUUUUGCAGUUCAUAAGAGGCAGUGCGGGAUCUGAACGGGCACCCCAUGGGCUUUUUCACCGCCGAUGCUAAGCUGACUGGUAGCAGAGCUACAGCUAGUACUGCAACUGCUCGUCUUGAUACUAGUGUUCCACCAGGAGGCUCAACAACUUCUGCCCCAAUUAUAAGUUCUUCUUCUAAAGGCGGCGCGAGCGCGAGACCAAAGGAACAUGAACAACCUGCAACUCGUACAAGCGCUUGUGCAUUGAUUCCUAGUCAAAUCCUACCGCGCGUCGACUUGACAGGAAUGGUGCUACCGGCUGUGGCGGUAUCCACAGCCUCCGCGUUUCAGGCGCGGAGUAGAACAACCGAGCCCCGAAUAAAAAUUCUUCAAAGUAGCAACCACUCCUACCAAACGCCACGAGGACACGGACCGGAGGACGGCAAUAAUUAUUCUUAUGGUCCAGCGAGGACUUCUUCGUGUUCAUCUUCUUCGCAACAGGUGGAACUAGAAGCAGGACUACUACAUCAGCUGCAAAAUAAACAAGGCGCAGCUCUUUCAUCAACAACCACGAUCAUGCCCCCGGCGUCGACCUUGGUACUAUCGGAGAAGCCCUUAUCCAUGGCCGUGCAGUCCGCGGUGAUGCAGAAGUUUCUCGAAAUUGACCAGCGCACCCAGGUUAUGAUGGACAGCGUGACGCAGCAAGCAGCGGAGAAAAAGGCCUUUCUCAAGGGGGAGCACGUGCGGAAAAAAAUGCAAUUUUUCGCGGAACUCGAUCGCGACGUGGAGCGGCAGUGCCUGGACUUGGACACGAGCCUCCUGCAGGAAAAGGCAAAACUGUUGGCCGAAUUUGAGGAGGCCGCGAACAAUGCUGAUUUCGAAUACGCGCGCAACGCCCUGCAGCUCCCCGCUUCGAGCACUACUAGUAGAAGUAGAAGUGGUGCGACGAGUUGUGUUUCGGGUGCAGCUUCAGCUGCAGCAACCCCAACCCCACGGCGGCGAGGACUCCUCGUCGCUCCGUCCGUAAGCGAUUACCAGGGUUUGCAGCCGCCGACCGGAGUAAUUGGUUAUGGCAGUGGGGCGAGUUGUUUUUCUGGCCUCAGCACGCCCCGACAACUGCCCCCGCUUUCCGCACGGCUGCACAUUGCGGGCCAGCAACAUCAGCCGGCGUUCACAAUGGAUGCAAGUAGUGCGGCAAGAAGCGGUUUCUCCUCACCGCGCCUCCUGCAACAAGGGCUGCUGAAAGGAGCGCAAGGCUCAGUUCUUGCAGCUCCAACAUUCUUGCCGUCGUCCUACGCAGCAGGAGGUCGUGAAGAUGAUGAUGAAGGUGACACAGCAAUAGAAGUCCACAACAGCCUGCGGCAACUGGACUCUGACCUCCAGGCGACGUUCCAGAACACGGCUUCAAGUACAGGAGCGCAGAUGAAUUACAGGCCCCAGUUUGUGAAUGCGAUGUCUUUACAAGAACAACGCAUCAACCACACACUCCCGUCGCAAAAAGCCUUUCCGCCUGCCGAAGCUGAUAACGGGCCGCAAGAGUAUGCCUUUGGCGUGGACGUGUACCGAAGUAGAAGCCCACAGCACAACACCUUCCCGCAAGCACCACGAAAAGUACAGCCCCACGACGCUCCACCUGGACGAACAGAAGUGGAACCUGUCACCACAACGCUGGUCUCCAUCGCCGCGCCAAGUCGUGGAGGAUCUGCCGCCAGUGACGAACCGCCUGAAAUCAUCGAACUGCGAGGCUCGCUGCCCGCAGCCCGUGCGCGCAUCGAGGCCGCCCGGCGGCAAGCGCAGGACACGAUCCAAAAGGCGAAGCGGAACUUGCGGAGAUCCCUCAAUCUCUCCUCGGCGACCGACGAGUCGGCGUCGGUCUCCGUCCAAACCGAAGCCUCACCGUCACCGCGGAACCGAAAGAAACAUGAGACGCAGAUGGGACAAAGCAGGCGAACAAAUAUCAGGAACAAAAAACCGAUGUCAACAUCACCCACUGUGCUGGUACUGAAAUCGAGCCACCAGGGACCACCAGGAUCGAUAAUAUCGCCGGGGAACUCGUCAUCGUCUCCCAGAACGAACGCAAAUGGACAUCAGAAGUCUCCGGAAUUGAACCUCACACCGCGGCGCGUCGUGAAAAAGAGAUCUGUGUAUCAGGUGGAACAACACGCGGGGGACGAGGAGAAACAAGUGGGCGAGAGUUCACUCUUGACGACGGAAAGUCGUGAAGCAAGACCGGCCUUUGCUGACUCUUAUACCGACUCCCCUUCAUCGUCUUCGCCCCAGCGCCAGCAGGAGACGCGGCGGGAUUAUGCUGGAGAGCAGUCUUGUAGUGAUGUUUACGUGCGGAAGGAGCAGGAGCAGAGCAGGUGUGGGGAAGAACAAAGGCAUGCUCAUGCAGCGCCAGCGGAGGUGGGUCCUUUCCACACAGCAACAGCCGUCGAGACAUCUUCGUUGAAGCUGCAGCAGCAGCCUUGUUUCCCGGGUCCUGCUCUGUGGUAUCAUUUUUCCUCUUUAGCUUUGGGUUAGGUUUCAACACGCCAACAAAACAAAGUUUCUAUCUUCCUCGUUGCUUCAAAUCUAAAUCAGUCAGGAGGCUCAUGUCAUCGUCUCUCUCCGAUGGAGGCUGUAAUCAGAAUGACAAAUAACAAUACACCUUUCACAGGACCUCGAGGACCCGCCCUCCCGCAACUUGUUCCCCAUCGAAGAUACAGACGCUGCUCCCGCCGUCGCUUGCCAUGCCGGGCCCGCUGGUUCAUCCCAACCCACCCGCGUUUUCGCGGUUUCUCAAUGCUUCUGUUCGGCAGGGAGACGCUUACAUUCAAACUUCCUCCUCCACCACUACGACCUGCUUCACCCCACCGCAAAAAGGACGCGCGACUUGUUCCAGCGUGGACAUUUUGAUGGUGUCGCAUCAAGAACAAAACACUGCUCCACCCGAACUUGAGCUGCAGCGAACUGGUGUCCAACGUCCUGGUGCAGUAGGAACAACGACAACAGCCGAUGGCUCGUCGUGGACCGUGCAAAAUAUCAGCGAUGAGCUGAACUUGUUCGGCUUGCUGCAUCAGAUGAACCAGGACCCAAACACCAGGACGAGAAACGGUGCGAAAGCCAACACGCCGAUGAAGAUGAAAACGAAUGAGACCGCGACCGCCGCCCCUGUCGACGUGAUGUCGUCCGCGGAUCACCAGGGUAUGCUUGCUACUCGCGGUACUACUCCGCGUUCUAUUCCGCCACCAGUUGCUGUUUCCUCCUCCACGACAGCGUUUUCGGCCGGUGCGGCAACCAAAAAGCAGCCCGGCUUGGUCCCAAAGUUACGUUUGGGCGGACUGAUGCAAGGUCAGGCAACGGACGCGAAAGGACCGCUGCACACCGCGCGACUGCUGGUGAAUAGCGCUGACGUCGACGCUCCGCGCACGGCGAGGGGGCAAGGCAGAGACGCAGGCUUACUUUUUACAACGCGAUAGAUGGAACAAGAAGGAGUCACAAGAACUGCAACAAGACUGGGAAUUUCAUUUUAAAAUUUUCGUCUCCACCACAAUCGGUAUCGCUUCGCUGCUCGUGGUCGUACUUACUCGCUGUAGCUGCUAGGAGUCCCAGCGGUCUUUCUCCAUUAAAUAUCAAACCGAACCCGCGCUACAGUCGAAGUUUGAGGAAGUGUACCUCCGCAUGCGCAUUUAUGGGGGAUAAAGAAGAACGAGAAGUUCUUGUUCUUCUUUAUCCCCCGCGUGCUGUGAUGGUGCACGUGAAGACGAAAGCCGAAAAACAAAAACAUGAACUGCUACUGCUGCGGAGGGAGACCAGAUCAUCGAUAUUGAUGUCCCUAUUGAUGUCCCUAUUUCUACUUGUUCCUUGACUGAUCCAUGUUGCUCGUCAAUCGUAAUAUCGUAGAUAUCGUGGUUGUUGAGCUUCUAAUCCUCGUGUUAAAAGUCGAA